AUGGUUGACGAACUACGUUUCUAUUAUCAAAUUCGUCGAUUAAUAACCGAUAACCGUUAUCGACGAUUGCAUCGUUAUGAAACCAUACUAAUAUGGAUUGAAUUCAUACGUUUUGCAUCAUAUUUAUUAUUCUGUUAUACAGAUAUUCGAUUGUUUCAAACAUUUGCACCAUAUGAUCCAACCAUACAAUAUAUAUUUGGUGAUUUACUUUAUCAAACCAAAACCGAAACAACAAAAAAUCCAUUCGAAACACAUCAGGAUAUUUUACGUUUAAUUACAUUCAUAAUGACUGUUGGUAUAUUGUAUAUUAUACAAAGUCAAUAUGUUAUUUAUUUUAAUGAUUAUCAAUUGAUUGGUUUUCAAUCGGUUUAUGAUCUAACUGUUCGUAAUAUGGACGUAUAUCGUAAAUGUUUAUUACAUCCAUAUCGAACUGAUAAAAAUUGGUUUAAACAUUUAUCAUUUUGGCAAAUUAUUUAUGAACAUUUUCGUCGUAUACGUAUGAAAAUCAUACCAUAUAUAUCGGUUUAUUCAUACAUACAAUAUCAACGAUUGCUAUAUUGA